CCCCUUCGAGGCUCCGGAGGCACGGGUCGGGAUGGGGACCCUCCUCUCCUCCUCCCCUAGCCGAGGCUUGAACUCGAGGUUCGAUGGGGGCGGCACCCCUGCAGGAACCACGCGCGCUUCGGGCCGGGUACCCUCUGUCCCCGCACCCCCAGCGACCCCCUGGUGCAUGGGGGUGCAGAGGGAGUCGGGGACUUACAGUUCGCUGUGUGUCCACAGACAAAUCAGUCCCCUUGCUGAGUCUCCGUUUCCUCGCCUCUCCAAUGGGCAUCUUAGCCACCCACAAAAUCUCCACUCUGGGCGCCACCCUCUGUCAGGCACCUGGUCCCGAACCUGACCCCCUGAAUCUCCUCUGCAUCCUUCCCUCUUUAGCCAGGGCCCUGCAUACAGUAGGGGAUCAAUAAAGAUUCAUCUCCUGCAGGAACGCUGGGUGUUUUGAUUUUCUGACUUUAAGACAAGGAAAGCAGGGCUCCGAGACGGUUGGCUCCUGCCUGAGGCCACGAAGCUCUGCUGGGAUUUGAACCCUUGUCUGUGUGCUCCAGGGCUGGUUCAUUCCUCCCUUCCUGCUGCCUCUUCAGGGGCAGUGGAGGUGGGGCUUGGAGGGUGCCCAGGGCUGUGCGGUGGAAGCGGGUGAGGGCAGAGCACCUGGGCUGGCCAGCAAGGAGGCUGGAGUCCGGAAGCCGAGGCGGAGGGGAGCCCCAGGGCUGCCCGGGGCUGGGCUGCCAAGGGACUGGGGCAGGCAGGCGAAAUGAGGAGGCAGCUCGCUCACCAAGGAGAGGAAAGAGUAGGGCUGCCCAUUUUAAAUUUUAAAUUUCUCCCAGACAGAUGUCAUUGGGGAAGGAACAGUUCGUGCUUGCAGCUGCAGGAGGGGGUAGCACGGGCAGCCCUUGGUGGUCCCUUCCCCUCAGGAGCUGCAACCUGCUCAUUCUUCCUGGUGUGACACUGCUGUGGCACAAGGGCCCAGCCCUCUACGGUUUGCAAAGCCCCUUCCCAUUCAUCAGCAUUACCUCACUUCUCCAAGCAGGCUGGGGGCCAGUGCGUCCCCACAUCACAGACCAGGGAUCAGAGAGGUUGGGAACAUGCCCAAGUCACACGGCACGUUGGCAAGAGAGUGGAGAUUCAAACCCUGGUCUAACCACACACCUAUCCCACUGCUUCUCGUGGGCGGCCGGGCCCUCUAAAGGUUAGAUCUGCACCUAAGCCCCCCUUCAAAUAACAAGUUCCCUUCUGCUGAGAUCUGACUUCUCCCCCUUAGCAAGAACUGUCUUAACUUCUAGACCUGUCCUCCAAGGCCAUUCCUAGCCUGGCGCACUGUGCCUUCCCAUUGGUCCCUUACAGGCAGUGACUGUUUAUUAUUUGCCAACCCUGGGCCCCACACCACGCCGCCCCAUUUCCAGAUCUUUUCUGUGUCAUCUUGUUUGCUUCCCCAGGCUUACACACACACACACACACACACAUACACACAUACACACACCCCUUCAGUCAGCGACACCCUACAUAUACUCAAAACCUAACUCAAAUGCUGCCACCUCCUCCAGGAAGCCUUCCCUGAUGCCCUGUGGCUGUAUCUCUAAGUUCUAGUCGUGUUGUAGCUUGUGCCACUCAGCUGCCUUGUCCUGGGCCCCUCCUGCAUCAGGAGAUCCCUUUGCACACACCCUCCUCUGGAGCCCAUCUCUUGUUCUCUGCCCGGGCCCAGGCUCCAUUCCUUCCAGGCAGCUCAGGUCAGGCAUUGAGGAUGUUUGCUGAAUCGAACUGCACGAAGCUUCGGCCAGGAAGAGCCUCAGGAGACAGCCAGCAGGCACUGGUCUGUCUCAAGGGGAGGUGCCUUCUGGGGAAUGUUUGAAAUGUGGCUUCAAGGCCUCUGGACCGGGCCUUGCCUUCCUCUGUUGCUCCCUGAGGACACAGCUUUCAGCUGCCACCAGGCCACACAGCCCAGCUGUCUGCCCCUUGGCACUGGAGACAGCUUGAAGGCUGUGGCUCCUGGAGCCUGGGCCAAUAGCAAGCACCCCCGCCUCCCCUCCCCACCCCUUUGGUGACCCAGCAUGUAGACAGCCUGUUCCCUGUGCCGGCUCUGGGCUUGUUUGAAGCUUCAGACAAGAGGCAAGGCCCUUCCUGUGGCCACUGUCAGAAGAAAGAGAGAGCGCUGGCUGCCCUGGUUCCCUUGGGCCUGCCCUCCCUUGGGCCAGCCUUCUCUCCUCCUUUGCGGCCAGGUUCAUCUCACCCGCUGACAUGCUGUGUGGCUCUGGCGGCCUAGCUGUGGUUACAUGCUGUGCACCGUGCUGCUGGCCCUGGCUGUGCUGCUGGCCGUGGCUGUCACCGGUGCCGUGCUGUUCCUGAACCACACCCACACGCCAGGCACGGCGCCCCCGCCUGUCGUCAGCACUGGGGCUGCCGGUGCCAACAGCGCCCUGGUCACUGUGGAGAGGGCAGACAGCUCCCGCCUCAGCAUCCUCAUCGACCCGCGCUGCCCCGACCUCGCCGACAGCUUCGCACGCCUGGAGAGCGCCCAGGCCUCGGUGCUGGAGGCGCUGACCGAGCACCAGGCCCAGCCACGGCUGGUGGGCGACCAGGAGCAGGAGCUGCUGGACACGCUGGCCGACCAGCUGCCGCGGCUGCUGACCCGAGCCUCAGAGCUGCAGACGGAGUGCAUGGGGCUGCGGAAGGGGCAUGGCACGCUGGGCCAGGGCCUUAGCGCCCUGCAGAGCGAGCAGGGCCGCCUCAUCCAGCUUCUCUCUGAGAGCCAGGGCCACAUGGCCCACCUGGUGAACUCCGUCGGUGACGUCCUGGAUGCCCUACAGAGGGACCGGGGGCUGGGCCGGCCCCGUGCCAAGGCCGACCUUCAGAGAGCGCCUGCCCGGGGAGCCCGGCCCCGGGGCUGUGCCACUGGCUCCCGGCCCCGAGACUGUCUGGACGUCCUCCUAAGCGGACAGCAGGACGAUGGCAUCUACUCUGUCUUCCCCACGCACUACCCGGCUGGCUUCCAGGUGUACUGUGACAUGCGCACGGACGGCGGCGGCUGGACGGUGUUUCAGCGCCGGGAGGACGGCUCCGUGAACUUCUUCCGGGGCUGGGACGCCUACCGAGACGGCUUCGGCAGGCUCACCGGGGAGCACUGGCUAGGCCUCAAGAGGAUCCACGCCCUGACCACACAGACUGCCUACGAGCUGCACGUGGACCUGGAGGACUUUGACAAUGGCACGGCCUAUGCCCGCUACGGGAGCUUUGGCGUGGGCUUGUUCUCCGUGGACCCUGAGGAAGACGGGUACCCGCUCACCGUGGCUGACUAUUCCGGCACUGCAGGCGACUCCCUCCUGAAGCACAGCGGCAUGAGGUUCACCACCAAGGACCGUGACAGCGACCACUCAGAGAACAAUUGCGCUGCCUUCUACCGAGGCGCCUGGUGGUACCGCAACUGCCACACGUCCAACCUCAACGGGCAGUACCUGCGUGGUGCCCACACCUCCUAUGCCGACGGCGUGGAGUGGUCCUCCUGGACCGGCUGGCAGUACUCACUCAAGUUCUCCGAGAUGAAGAUCCGGCCAGUCCGGGAGGACCGCUAGACCGGUGCACCUUGUCCUUGGCCCUGCUGGUCCCCAUCGCCCCAUCGCUGACCCCACCUCACUCCUUCGUGAAUGUUCUCCACCCACCUGUGCCUGGCAGACCCACUCCAGCAGGGAGGGGCUGGGCCAUCCCUGACACGAAGCCCCCGGGGCUGGUGAAGUCACACAUCACCUUCUCACCGUCCCCACCCGCUCCAUUUGGCAGCUAACUGAUCUCUUGCCUCUGUUGAUGGGGGCUGGCAAACUUGACGACCCCAACUCCUGCCCGCCCCCACUGUGGCUCCCGUGCUGUUUGCCGUCCCCUGGCCAGGAUGGUGAAGUUUGCCCCGGGCAACCCUCUGCUCUGCCCACCCAAACACCUGGCAUUAUGGGGACAGAGAGCAGGGGGCAGACAGCACCUCCGGAGCCCUCUUAGCGGAUCGUGUGGAACGUCAGGUCUCUCUGAGGUCAGGUCUGAGGCCAGUGUCCUCCAGCCCUUCCAGUGCCAACCCUCACCCCCAUUUCCCUAGUGCCCAGAUAACCCACCUCUUCCCCCAGGGCCUCGGCCUGGCUGUGGGCUGGGUGGCCCCAUCCUACCGUGCCCUGAGGCCAGGAAGGGGAGCUGCUGCCUUUGGGGACCCACACUCUAAGGCUGAGACCAGUUCCCUGGAGGCCACCCACCCUGUGCCCCGGCAGGCCUGGGGUCUCCAGUCCCCUUACCUGCUGUACCCACCUGCUCUCUGUCUCAAAUGAGGCCCAACCUAUCUCCCACCCACCCAUCCCAUUUCUCCUGCCUCUGGAAGGUGGGUGGGGCCCUGCACUGUGGGGCUGGGCUGUGCUAAUGGGAAGCUGUUGGUUUUCUGGGCUGGGGCCUAGGCAGGGCUGGGAUGAGGCUUGUACCACCCCCACCACCAAUUUCCCAGGGACUCCAGGGUCCUGAGGCCUCCUGGGAGGGCCAUGGGGGCGGCGACCCCCUCCCUGAGGCCGCUGUCUCCAUGGGGAGGCCAACUCCUGCCAGCGACUGUGGCCAUCUGGACCCGGGCCAGGCCCAGCGAGUGGUCAAGGGGCAGGGACCACGUCACUGGGCAAAUGGGGUCGAGGGGACUGGGGCACCAGACGAGGCACCACCUGGACACUUUCUUGUUGAAUCUUCCCAACACCCAGCACGCCGUCAUCCCCGCUCCUUGUGUGUGCACAUGCAGAGGUGAGACCCGCAGGCUCUCAGGACCAGCAGCUGCAAGGGCAGGGCUGGAGCCGGGUCCUCGGCUUUCUGCUCAGCAGCCCUGGACCCACGUGCAUUAUUGUGUCAGGCCCAGAUGCAGGGCGGUUUUUCCAAGGCACCCCGAUGCGGGGCCUCUGAGAGGGCUGGAGUCAGCCUGGGGGAGCUGCCCAGCAGCCCCUCCUCAGGCAGGAGGGGAGGUGGCUUCCUCCAAAGGACACUCGAUGGCAGGUGCCUGGGUAGUGUGGGGUUCCAUUCUCCCUUCCCCUCCCACGAAAGUUUGUGCUUAAAAAACAAUCAAUUUGACUCGGCACCACUAGGGGGGCGGUGGGAGAGGCCGUGAGACCUGGCGUCUGUUCCAGCGCCACCAGGUCACCCACAUGCGCAGAUGUCUGCAGCGCUUCCCUCUGCCGUGGCCCUGGGCUGCCCUGCCUGCUGGACAGGACCUGGUCCCUGCCCUCUCAGUCCUCAGCUGGACGCAGAUACACCCAAGAAUCAGGUGGUGGCAGCCCAGUGUGGCUGGGCUGGUGGAUGGAGCAGCCCAGGUGCGGGGCCACGAGGGGCAAGAUGUGGGUAAAAUGACCACAUGAGAUUCAAAGGGAAAUCUCCCCUCAGCUCCUCUUCCCACCCUCUAGAAGCCAACGGAGCCCACCCAGACCACCUGGGUUCCCAGGGCACGCUGUCACAUUGCAGAGGCCGGGUGGAACUCAAGUUCUCAUCCCAGGAGCCCCCACCGACAGGCCCCAGGCGGGAGCUACCAGCCUCCUCAUGCCAGCGGCUGCUUAGAAAGUGCCAAGCGCUUUCUGAUGUGUCAUCAAACAAACUCCUGGUGAGUGUGAAGUUAAUGGACUCACAGAUGUGCGGGUACAGCAGGAGGCACCGGGGCCCUCGUGCCAGGGCUUGGCUAUGGAACAGAUGCAUCAUGGCUGGAGCCUGGCAAGGGGCUGGGGGCAAGUGGAGGGGGCCUUUGGGAGCCUGUGGACCAGGUCCAGGCAGCAUCUGUCCUCAGCGGCCGGCUGCACUGGAGAUGCUGUCCCUUCCAGAGCCCUGUUACUGCCCUAGAGCACCAGCCCCCGUCCCAGACCAGGAGAGGGCACACGGCCCCACCAAGCACCAGCUGAAUGGGCACAGGGCUUGACAUGGUGGGGAGGGCCCAAGCCAGUGCACUGGCCCCACCCUCCCCAGGGGCACCUUCAAAGACUGGCACUGGGAAAAAACGGUCCUUGCGCACCUGCUCUGGGCCACAGCCUCUCACCCUAGCCCUGCAGAGCCUACAGUCUGAUACCAGUGCAAAUGGCUGUCAUCUGAGACUGGAGGACGGGGAUGCUAGGAGAGCCCUGGGUGAGGGACAGCUGGAGACCUGUGGGUUGACUGACCAGGCCAAGGGCUGGCGUGUGCACAGGGUUGCCUGGGACCCAUGGGCCCCAAACCCUGUCCCUUGGGGCCCAAUUUGAGGGCGGGUGCUUGUGGCCCUCCAUCCCACAAUGCCGCCUGACUGAGCCGCCUCCUGCUUCUUCAUUUGAGGGGAGUAAGCUGAGUGGGAGGGGUCUCUGCAUCGCCACACUGGGACUUGGAGGCGGUGCACCUGCGCCGUUGCCUCUCCAGUGCACAGGCAAGUUCUGUGGAUCAGCAAUGGCCUUCCUCCAUUCCCCUCAACUUUGCACACAUCUCAGAGUUACACCAAAGGCCACCCAGCUGACUGCCUGAGCACCAGGGUCCAGAGGAUGGAAGGACCCUUGGUUUCCAUGCUGGUGGCCUCAGCACAUUCAGCCGGAGAUAGGAACAGAGCUACGAGCCGUUCUCAAACGGCUUUCCCCUGCAACUGCAUGUAAAUCGGUUUUAUAAUGUUUGUCUUUGGCAGAAAAGCUGUACCAACAGCGCCCCUCUCUUCCUGGUCCCCCUUACCCUUCCUGCCACCUAUCCUCAUCCACACAGGCCUCUGGCUGGCUUCGCUGGGGGCAGAGCCCUGGAAGCUGGGAGCCAGGGUCUCUGGAGGCCCUGUCACCCAGGGGCGGGUCUGACCAGGCAGAGAUUUGGAGGAUUGUUGAACCAUCUCAAACCAUGAGGACGCUGACUCCAGAGAGGGGAAGGAAGAGGGGGAGGUACCGUUUGUGUGAGAUGGGGGGACAGGGGACAUGAAGAAGGCCCGUGGCCAGUGGCAGACCCCUGUCCUGUGACUUCAGGAGCAAUGCACCAGCAGGAGGACCCAGCAGAGGACACACAGAACCCGCAACAAGGAGACAGGACACUAAGCUUUGACCUCAGCAGACUGGGCUUCCCCAGGGCCUCCAUUUCUUCAUCUGCUUUCAGAGAAAAGGGUGUCCCCAAACUGUGUGGCCCAAGCAGCCGGCAGGACUUGGCAAACCCAGAGGGCUGAGGUCAGGCCUCGGUGCGAUUUGUGGGGAAUGUGGGGGAGCUCUGGCCCAAGGCUGGCCACGUUGGCCCCCUAUGCGCUGGCAGGUGUGUGUCUCAGGCCACACAGCGCUGGACAGGGCUGCAGAGGGAGCUCAGAGGGCCAGCACAGUGACUGGUGGAAGAAGCCUGGUACGGGAGCGUCGCUAGGAGAGGCUGUGGGUGCUUGGUGUCUGUGCGUUCUGUCUUUAAUAAAGUCUCGUGGUGACCCGGC